UUUAAGGAAAUAAAGAGACUUACUAGCCGUCAUCAUGAUCAACAUAGCUGGAGUCCUCUCCAUCAUCAUUUUCUACAUCUUCAUUUUGGUUGUGGGAAUAUGGGCGGCAAAAAAGAAAGAAUCUGGCAACAAUACCGAAGAGGAGGUCAUGUUAGCAGGCAGAAACAUCGGACUGUUUGUAGGAAUAUUCACUAUGACAGCUACAUGGGUUGGUGGUGGUUAUAUCAAUGGUACAGCUGAGGCAGUAUAUACAUCUGGAUUGGUCUGGUGUCAAGCUCCUUUUGGAUAUGCCCUGAGUUUGGUUUUUGGAGGUUUAUUCUUCGCCAACAAAAUGAGACAGCAAGGUUACAUCACCAUGUUGGAUCCCCUCCAGGACACUUUUGGAGAACGAAUGGGGGGAUUACUGUUUCUACCAGCUUUGUGUGGAGAGGUCUUCUGGGCAGCCGGUAUUCUUGCAGCCUUGGGCGCAACCCUGUCAGUGAUCAUCGACAUGGACCACAAAACCAGCAUCAUUUUCAGUGCUUUCAUUGCAGUGAUGUAUACUCUAUUUGGAGGGCUCUACGCAGUGGCUUACACCGAUGUCAUCCAACUCUUCUGCAUCUUUGCCGGCUUGUGGAUGUGCAUCCCAUUUGCUUGGACCAACGAACACGUCCAAUCACUGUCAAAUAUGGACGUGGAUUGGAUUGGGGGCGUUGGAAGAGAGGAUCUGUGGUCUUAUAUUGAUAACGGACUGUUACUGAUCCUGGGAGGUAUCCCUUGGCAAGCGUACUUUCAGAGAGUACUCUCAAGCAAGUCAGCUGAUCGGGCUCAGGUUUUGAGCUACGUAGCUGCUUUUGGAUGUGUCAUUAUGGCAAUACCUCCCGUUCUUAUUGGUGCUAUAGCUAGAGGAACUGCUUGGAAUGAAACUGGAUACACUGGUCCAUAUCCUUUGACUGCCGAUGAAACUGGCAUGAUCCUGCCAAUGGUUUUGCAACAUUUAACUCCUAGUUUCGUAUCAUUCUUUGGAUUGGGGGCUGUCUCAGCGGCUGUGAUGUCAUCGGCUGACUCCAGCGUUCUGUCAGCAAGCUCCAUGUUUGCCAGAAACAUUUACAGACUGAUUUUCAGACAGAAAGCUUCAGAAAUGGAGAUCAUCUGGGUGAUGAGGUUAUCCAUUUUGAUUGUGGGUGUUUUGGCGACUAUUAUGGCACUUACUAUACCUUCAAUCUAUGGAUUAUGGUCAAUUUGUUCUGACCUGGUCUACGUGAUCUUAUUCCCCCAGCUUCUUAUGGUGGUCCAUUUUAAAGACUACUGCAAUACGUACGGUAGUCUCGCAGCCUAUAUCAUAGCCUUCUUAGUCAGGGUAUCAGGAGGUGAACCCCUGAUGCAUCUACCAGCUCUCAUACACUAUCCAGGAUACGACGAAGCCAACCAAGUACAGAAGUUUCCGUUCAGAACCAUGGCGAUGCUUCUAUCACUCAUAAGCUUGGUCCUGGUAUCCUGGGGUUCAAAAUAUAUCUUUGAGAAAGGUAUGCUUGCUCCAGGGUACGAUUUCAUGCACUGCGUGGUUAAUAUUCCCGAGGAUAUCCAGAGGGUUGGCGAACCAGCCGAAGAAGGGGAGCAGAUGUCGGUCAUGACGUCUGGAGCUAUGGGUAAACUGUACGGAGCAGCUACCUUGGUGGGUAAGGAUGAAAGGAAUGGUAGGAUUAACCCAGCCCUAGAAGCGGAUGAUGAUAUUCCGGCUUGUGAAGUUGAUAAAUUGAGGAGUUCUGUUUCUUCUGCUGGUGGUGGGGGAAGUAGGGGUAUGGGGAAUACGAAUCCUGAUGAUAAUUACCAAACCAAGCUGUAA